AUGACUGGUAACUCUUUUAUUGGCACUAUACCUGACUUUGGGAAUUUAAGACACGUACAACGCCUUGUGAUUGGAGGAAAUAACUUGACUGGAGAAUCCUUGAGGCUAUUCUCUUCGUUAACGAACUGCCAGGAUUUAGAGAUUCUUGAAGUAGCUGCAAAUAAGCUAAGUGGUGUCCUCCCAACUUCCAUUGAGAAUUUAUCAUCUUCUCUUCGGAUAGUGAGAGCAUUUGAAUGCAACAUUAGCGGUGUUAUUCCUCUCGAGAUUGGAAACUUAACAAGUUUGGAAGAUUUUUAUUUAGAAAACAAUCAGUUGACAGGAUUCAUCUCCCGAACAGUUGGAAAAUUAAAAAGUCUUCAACGCUUAUAUCUUCAACACAACAAACUAGAUGGACAUAUCCCUGCUGAGCUUUGCCAGUUAAGCAAUUUGGGGCACUUGUACCUAAGUGACAAUAGGCUCUCUGGAUCAAUUCCUCCAUGCUUGGGUGACUUUAAGUACCUGAGAAGAGUCUACUUAGACUCCAACAAAUUGGAAUCCACUGUACCAUUAAACUUCUGGAACCUUAAUGAUCUCCUACAACUAAAUUUGCCUCAUAAUAGUUUAAGUGGUCUUCUACCUUCUGAGAUUGAAAAUUUGAAGGUCAUCAAAGACGUAGACUUAUCUUGGAAUCAUUUCUCAGGAUUGAUUCCAAAGUCAUUAGAAACACUCAAGUAUGUACAAUAUUUUGACAUUGCUCACAACAGAUUAGAAGGAGAGAUUCCCAUCGGGGGUAAUUUUGCAAACUUCACAACUCAAUCAUUUAUGCAGAACUAUGCCCUCUGUAGUGAGGAACGAAUACAGUUUCCACAUUGUAGAAAGACUCUUAAAAGAUCAAAGUUGAAGAAUGUGGUUCCAUUACUGAAAUAUAUUCUCGCCCGUAUCAUAUCUAUUAUCCUUGCAGUGACCUUAACACUUUCAGUGAUUGAAUGGAGAAGGAUUUCUUAUCGAGAACUUUGGGAUGCAACAAAUGGCUUUAGUGAAAGCAAAAUACUUGAAAGUGGAAGUUUUGGUACAGUAUAUGGAGGGACACUUUCUGAUGGAUUAAAUGUUGCAGUAAAAGUUUUCAAUUUGGAGUCAGAAGAAGAAAGAGCAACUAAGAGCUUCGGUACAGAAAGUCAGGUGCUAAGCAUCAUUCGCCAUAGGAAUUUAGUGUGA